AGGGACAACGGGGGAGCUGAAAGGGCCAUAGAGUACUAAUUAUGUCUUUCUGUUUACAGUUGCAACGAGGAGCAUGCUUCUUGAUUUCGUAACUCUAACUUUGUGCCCAUGUUUUCUCUUUGUAGUCAUCCAUCCUUCUUUGGAAUCUAGUACCACCUUCAUAUUUUGCUGCUCCUUGUUCAUGUUGUUGAAUAUUUGCAUUCCGUGUACAAAGCAUAUCAUUGUGCCUGGUCAACAUCCUCAUCAAGUUAGUAGAAUCGUUAUUGUAUAGAAUUAGAAUCAUG